GUAAAUCAAUUCAACAUAGAAAAAGUGAGAGUAACUCCCUGAAUCUAAACCAACGAUUACUCUGUAAAUAUGCGCAUCAGUGGAACAACCUUAAACUGAAUCAAGUAAACAGUCAAUUCUAUCCAACUCAAGUUGAAACAUGGCAGCGACGCCCAGAACAGCUAACUCUAUGACAACGUGUCGAAAAGUAGUGUACGACACUAACUAUAUUGACUCCACUCUGGACGAAACGGAAGGUAAACGUGUCUUCGUUCUAGCUUCCAAAAGCCUGGACAAAGAAUCUGAUAUCGUUUCCAAACUGGUACAGAAGCUCGAAGAACAGCAACAACUCUCAGGCUUGCUUACUGGAAUUGAACAGCAUACUUCUGAUAGUUCAUGCAUUCGUGCAGCAAAUUUAGUGAGAGAUUCAGGAGCAGAUUGCGUAGUUACUCUUGGAGAAGGCGCAGUAACGGAUGCUUCGAAGGCCAUUCGAAUCUGUCUGACCUACAACAUUCAAGAUGCAUCUGGAUUUCGGCAGUUCCAACGAGCGUCGCAAAUUUACAAUCCACUUCCGAUUGAUUUCAAGUCAGAUUUGACCGUGAUUAAUAUACCGACGACAUUAUCGGCGGCAGCGUACAGUUUAGUAACUGGCUUGAAAGACACGGAAACUGGAGCUAAAUUUGGAUAUCUGCAUGACAACUUGGUUCCAGAUGUGGUGAUUUUGGAUCCCAACACGACAGUACAUACUCCUGAACAGCUAUGGAUCUCCUCGGGAGUGAGGGCCAUAGACCACAGCAUCGAGACUAUUUGUUCACCUAUGACCAACAUGCUGGCCGACACCGCAUGCAAGCAGGGUCUCAAAUUACUGAUAGAAAACUUGAAGCCCUCCAAAAAUGUCGACAGUACAGGACUAUCAGCCAGAAAGAACUGUCUGCUGGGGGCGUGGCUCUCAUCAACAGGACUCACACAAGACAUUCCUAUGGGCGGCAGUCAUGGAAUCGGUCACAUUUUGGGAACCUAUGGCGUCUCGCAUGGAUACACAUCAUGCAUCAUGGCACCUCAUGUCGUGAAAUACAACUGGGACCACAUGAACUCGGCGAUGCAGAGUCACUUGGUCGAAGCAUUUGGAGAGACUGAGCCACCGCAUAAGGCUCUAUUUCAGUUUAUUAGAGACCUGAUGAUGCCCCAAAGCCUAAGCGAUGUUGGGAUCAAGAAAGAUGAUAUUCCACACAUUGCGCAGAAGGCAACCCUGGACUUAUUCACUCAGGGAAAUCUGCGACCUCUAAACGUGUUCACUAUUGAACAAAUUCUACAUAAUGCUUACGCAACUGAUUCUAUAUAGC